GAGCGUGGGGAGAGGCAGCAGCUUGAAGCAGGCAGGGUGCCUCCCGCUUCUCAUCCUGCUCAGAAUGGGCUGCCCAGGGAGGAAACCCUUGUUUUUCUUCCUCCUUUUUGUGCUUAUGUAUCUGCCUGGGGCUUUGCUGCAGGAAGCUGGCCCUGUGAGGCAAAGGAAACCAUUUUUCGAGAGGCUCCGUAGACUAGAGGAACAAUUUCAGAGGUUCCAAGAGGCGGCACUAACGCACUUGCAGGGCAUUGCCAGCAACUACAACCUGUCCUUCAAUUUCGAGGCCCGGUUCCAGAGUCUGGCCCACAGGAGCCAGGCUGUGGCCCUGGCACUCAACCUGCAGGCCACCAUGCAGGAGGACCUGGGCCACCUCAAGACCUGGAUGCGGAAGACACAGCGCAGAAGCCGGAAGGUGGACUCCAGGCUGCUGGCCUUAGACACCGCCCUGAGCAAGAGGAGCCGGCAGUGUGUCCGGGAGAGGAAGGAGCAGGAGGCGCAGAGGGACGCCCUCUCCAGCCUGGCCCUGGAUGUGCGGGCCCUGCAGGAUGCGCUGGCUCACCUGAUGCCCCUCGUCCAGAGCCAGGGUGCCCGGCUGGCCACUCUCGAGGGGCAACUACAGGUGGCCAGUCCUGGCACCACCACCCUGGGGGUGACCCCAGCCCAGCCUAGAUCAUCAAGCCCGAGCUCCCCACAGCUGCAGCGGGGCAGGCAGGCACUCGGGGCUCCACCUGAGCCCAGGGAGCCACCUCUGGACUUUACUCGCCCUCUCCAGGGGACGCACAAGCUCCCAGGUCCAGGCAGCCAGCCGGCACGGACCCCCGAGAGCCCAGGAGAGAUUUGCAACGUGGGCCCAGUGCUCGUCUUCCCAAAUGCCUCCGCCAACAACGUGGUCUUCCUUUGCCCUGGCUUCCUCACCAGCCUGCGGGCCCUGUCCAUCUGCAGCUGGAUCCGCACAGCCUCGGGCCACCUGGGCACCCUUCUGUCCUAUGCCACUGAAGAAAAUGACAACAAGUUGGUUCUGUAUGGCCGCAAUUCCCUGGUCCCCGGCUCUGUUCACUUUGUGAUUGGAGAUCCGGCCUUCAGGGAGCUGCCCCUCCAGCUUCUGCUAGAUGGCCGGUGGCACCAUGUGUGCGUCAUCUGGACAUCCAUCCUGGGCAGGUACUGGCUCCAUGUGGACAGCAGGCUAGUGGCCACCGGCUCCCACUUCAGGGAGGGCUACGAGAUUCCUCCCAGAGGGUCCCUUGUGCUAGGUCAGGAGCAAGACAGCAUUGGGGGUGGGUUUGACAGCUCUGAGGCCUUCGUGGGGAGCAUGGCAGGCCUGGCCAUAUGGGACCGGCUACUGGUUCCCGGGGAAGUCUCAAACCUUGCCACUGGGAAGGAGCUCCCAACGGGCGCCAUCCUGACGCUGACCAGUGCCAUAUCGGUAGGCGGAUUUGUGCAGAGGGUAAACUGCAGCUGCUUACAGCUCUGUCCAUGAGGCCUCACUACCCGGCAGUGUGCUCAUGCUGUGGGCUGGAGAGAGGAGUGAGUCUCCAGCCAUGUUCGGCCACCCCCGACUCCAGCACGCUCCAAAGAGGGUCCCCCUCUGCUGCCUCUGACCUGGGCUGGGCACAUCUGCCCCGUAACGUAGGAUGUGAGCUUCCCAAGUGUGUGUGUUGGGGGGUGGGUGAGGGCCCACAGGCAGUGCCAAGCCCUGAGAUCCCAAGGACUGCGUUCUUUCCCUCCCUGUGGCAUUCUUAUGUCUCCCCCUCUUUGUAGAAUGACCCAGCCACUUGGGACUGCUGGAUCGCAGUGGGGCCUCUCCUCUGGGUGUAGGUUU